AUGGAAAACUGCACUGCAGUGGCUGAGUUCAUCCUGGAAGGAUUCAGAGACCAUCCAGAGCUUCAAAUCAUCCUCUUUGUGGUCUUCUUAGUGCUGUAUGUCACCACCCUGGUGGGCAACAGUGGUAUGAUCGCCAUCAUUAGUGCCGACACUCAUCUCCACACUCCCAUGUACUUUUUCCUCAGGAACUUGUCCUUCUUGGACCUGUGCUACUCCUCUGUAAUUGCCCCCAAAGCCCUGGCCAGCUUCUUCACCCAGAACCAGACUAUUUCUUACGCAGGAUGCGUGGCCCAGUUGCUGUUGUUUUCCCUCUUCAUCACUACUGAAGGGUUCCUCUUGGCUGUCAUGGCGUAUGACCGCUUCAUUGCCAUCUGUUACCCACUCCUCUACCCCAUUAUGAUGUCCAGGAAGUCUUGCCAGCAACUGGUGGCUGCAUCCUACGCCUGCGGCUGUGCCAAUGGAGUGAUACAGACCAGCUUCUCCUUCCGGUUGCGGUUCUGUGGGAGCAGCCAAAUCAACCACUUCUUCUGUGACGUCCCCGCCGUCAUGAAGGCCUCGGUCACUGACACAUAUGUAAAUGAGGUUGUGAUGUUUGCACUCUGCAAUGUUAUCAUAGUCAUCACCACAGUGGCAAUAUUUACUUCCUAUGCCUACAUCCUUUCCACCAUCCUCAAGACCCGCUCUGCGGAGGGUAGGUAUAAAGCCUUCUCCACCUGUGCCUCCCACAUGAUGGCUGUGAGUCUCUUCUAUGGGACGGUCUUCUUCAUCUAUGCCCAGCCAGCUGCUAUAUCCACUCCAAACCAGAGCAAAAUGGUGUCCGUGUUCUACACCCUGGUGAUCCCCAUGCUAAAUCCCCUCAUCUACAGCCUGAGGAACAAGGACGUGAAAGAGGGUCUGGGGAGGAUGAUGGGGAAGAGGCUUUUUUCAAUGAACUAA